CAGCCCACUGUCAGCCGCACGGUCUCUAAAUGAAGACUGGUGCAUUGUGGGUAAUGUGGUUUGCUUAUGUGUUAACCUACAGGACAUCCCCUAUAAAGCAGAUACAGUUACUAAUAUUUGAGUAUUUUCUGAAGGUGAAAAGGACAAGGAAAGAGAGUGAAACAGAUGCACAGCAGAGGAAAGAUCUCAGAGGGCAGAAAUAGACAUGAUAAAGGAACCUAUCAACACUUUUGAGACUGUUUUGAAUUUUGAUCAGAUUCUGAGAUUUACAGAGAAGUGCAGUGUAUUUAUAUACUGAGCUGUAUGGGGAAUAUAAAGAGCAUUCGGGAAAUACUGCCACAAAGGAGGCUACACGUCUGCUGACCGAAAGACAACGGAGGAGACAUGCUGGCAAUGCCAGAGCAGCCAGGAGAAGCCGCGGUCGAAUACAUCAUGCCAGUUUGGAUGCGGGGCCAAUGACUCCAGGAUUAAACCAGUCCUCCUCAACUAAGCCCCGCCCCUAUUCAAAAUGCCAAGAUUGCCUGGCCAGAAUCCAGAGGUAUAUGGUGACAAAGCUUGGGGAGGACUGGAUCUUUCUGAUUCUUUUGGGUCUCACUAUGGCACUGGUUAGCUGGAGCAUGGACUACGCCAGUGCCAAGAGCCUACAGGCGUAUAAGUGGAUGUAUGGAGAGCUGAAGGGAAAUGUGGCUCUGCAAUAUCUGGCCUGGGUCUCAUAUCCCAUCAUCCUCAUUGUGUUUGCAUCCCUGUUCUGCAACCUGGUCGCUCCACAAGCUAUAGGCUCUGGGAUCCCUGAACUCAAGACUAUUCUGAGAGGUGUGGUGUUAAAGGAGUAUCUCACGCUCAAAGCAUUUAUAGCUAAAGUCAUUGGUCUGACUGCUGGCCUGGGCAGUGGGAUGCCUAUUGGAAAGGAGGGUCCGUUUGUGCACAUUGCCAGUAUCUGUGCAGCAGUGCUCAGCAGGGUCAUGUCCAUCUUCACUGGUGUGUAUGAGAAUCCGUAUGGUUACACAGAUAUUCUGACGGUAGGAUGUGCUGUUGGGGUGGGCUGCUGCUUUGGGACUCCCCUCGGAGGUGUGUUGUUUAGUAUUGAGGUCACGUCGACAUAUUUCGCAGUGAGGAAUUACUGGAGAGGAUAUUUUGCUGCCACGUUCAGUGCCUUCAUAUUCAGAGUACUGUCAGUGUGGAACAAAGAUUCUGUCACGAUAACAGCGCUGUUUCGUACAAACUUCCGUAUGGACUUUCCUUUUGACCUCCAGGAACUGCCAGCUUUUGCAAUCAUCGGGAUCUCGUGUGGGUUUUUAGGAGCGUUCUUCGUCUAUCUAAACAGACAAGUUGUCCUGAUCAUGAGAAGGCCGAUGGCUCUCACACGCUUCCUCACAAAACAUCGGUUGAUUUAUCCCGGUGUGGUGACACUGAUUAUAGCCUCUUUCACUUUUCCUCCGGGUUUUGGACAGUUUAUGGCUGGAGAGCUGAUGCCCAGAGAAUGCAUUAAUUCGCUGUUUGAUAACUUCACCUGGACGAAGAUUGUCGAUACGCCGGCUCCGCCCGGACUGGGACGAUCUGCUGCCUGGCUCCACCCACAAGUCAGCGUCUUUGUCAUCCUUCUACUGUUCUUUGUCAUGAAGUUUUGGAUGUCUGCAGUCUCUACAACAAUGCCAGUCCCUUCUGGAGCUUUCAUGCCUGUUUUUAUCUUAGGUGCAGCAUUCGGACGUUUGGUGGGCGAGAUCAUGGCCACACUUUUUCCGGAUGGGAUUCUGUUCGAUGGGAUCGUGUAUCAAAUCCUGCCUGGAGGCUACGCAGUGAUUGGGGCAGCAGCCAUGACCGGGGCAGUCACACACACAGUUUCCACAGCUGUGAUUUGUUUUGAGCUAACCGGGCAAAUUUCACACAUUCUUCCCAUGAUGGUGGCUGUGAUUCUCGCCAACAUGGUGGCUCAGGGUCUGCAGCCUUCUCUUUAUGACUCCAUCAUUCAGGUGAAGAAACUGCCCUAUCUUCCUGAGCUGGGAAUUGGACACAUCAGUAAAUAUAAUAUCUUUGUGGAGGACAUCAUGGUAAAGAAAAUGAAGUUUCUGUCACCUCAGUCCACAUACAGAGAACUGAGGGAUCUCCUGGAGUCAACGUCCCUCAAAAGCAUCCCACUCGUCGACUCCAAAGAGUCAAUGAUUCUUUUGGGAUCUAUUGAGAGAUGUGAACUUCAGGCAGCCGUUGAUUGGUGGCUGUCAGCAGAGAGGCGGGUUUAUAACUCUGCAGAGGGUGUGCCCGGCCCAGGGUCACAGGUCAGCUGGGAGGCCUUCCCUUUUGUGGAUGAGGAGGCUGGAGAGGAAAAUGGAGAGAAGGCUAACCCAGUCUCAGAGGAGUGUAACGGGCCACUGGGGUCCACUAAAACCACAGACAUCUCCUCUAAUCACACCACAACUGGUGCUCUAGAGAUCAUAAGGAGGACUCUUCGUCGCCUUUUCUCAUCUUCUUCCUCAUCAGCACAGAAUGAGCCAGAGACCCCCGCAGCCCCUCCUGUCACUGAUAACAUGACUCCUGAAGAGAUCAAAGCCUGGGAAGAGGAAGCGCUGGAUGAGCCGAUUGACAUCGAUCAGAUCCGCGUUGACCCCUCACCUUUUCAGCUGGUGGAGAGAACAUCUUUGCAUAAGACUCACACUUUGUUCUCUUUGCUGGGUCUCAGUCAUGCUUAUGUAACCAGUAUUGGUAAACUGGUUGGGGUGGUUGCACUAAAAGAGCUCCAGAAAGCGAUCGAGGGUUCGACCCGAAGCGGAGUGCGACUGCGUCCCCCUCUGGCCAGUUUCAGAGACGCAAGGCGCAAGGCCAGAAAACCUUCCCAUUCCCCCUCCAUCCCGUCCUCUCCCACACGGGACAAAGAGUUAUGGAGGGAGGGAGUGAUACAAGAAACAAAAGAUGAGUCCGUUGGCAGUUGUGUCCAGACAUCUGGGACAGAGUGUAAUAUAACCAUAGGCAACGGCAGCCGAAGUUCCACCGAUUCAUCUCAGGAGGAACUACCGUCACCUUCAUCCACCAUCCCUCUCGCUUCUCUUCAUUCUGCGCCUGAAGGAAAAGCGAAUGGCGAUAAAGAGAGCGACGAGGACCGGUUAUAGUCUGGUGUUUUUAAUUUGCCUCUAAUUCAGCCUUCCAGGGAGAGAUAUGUGUUAGUAUGUGUCGCCUUUGAGCCCAGCAUGGGCCGCAGUGGCGAAUGAGAGCUGCACCAUGAGACACCACCGUGUUGGUGUGUGUUUUUGAAAGGGAUUAUCUGCUCUUCAGACUGAACUCUCUUCUCUUUGUUUCUAGAUGUUCUUAUUUAGUUACCUGCUAUACUAUACAUUUGUACAUAUGGACUGAGACAUCUCACUGAAUGUCAUCUCUACGGAUCCCCACGUUUGCUUGUUUUUACAAUCAUAUCACUUUUUGGAAAGUGAAAAUGCUAGAUGUUUUUACCUUAAGAGGGAUAGUUCACCUAAAAAUAAACAUUCUGUCAUCAUUUGCUCAUCAUCAUGUUUUUAUCUUACAGUAGGUCCAAACCUAUAGAGAUUUACAUUUGGGUAUUGGGAGACUUUAAUUCAAAGUUACUGUACAGUGAAUUACAAGGCAUACAUUUUUAUCAGUAUAUGUGUUCCCUGGGUUUGAAAACAUGAUGUUUUGCGUUGCUAACGCAAUGGUCUGUCACUACAGGAGCAUUUCUGUAUAAAGGUACAAUCUUUAUGUAGCUCAAAUCACAGUGAUAAAGUUCAUAGAGACCAAAAAAGAACAGAAAAUCUCAAAGGCACGAUGAUAAUACUCCAUAUUUUCCAAACCAAGCAUUCGCCUUGUGUAAGAAACAGACUGGAAUAAUAUUGGCUUAUUGGGAAUAUUUGGCUAUAUAGUCAUUGUGUGUUAUUUUUUCACAAUUUUAAAGCUUGAUGCUCUCUGGUGACUAUUAAAGGAUUAGUUCACCUUAAUGUGGUCCUGGACCACAAAACCAGUCAUAAGUUGCACGGGUAUAUUUGUAGCAAUAGCCAAAAUUAAAUUUUGUAGGUCAAAAUGAUCUAUUUUUAAGCCAAAAAUUACUAGAAUAUUAAAGGGGACAUAUCAUGAAAAUCUGAUUUUUUUCAUGUUUAAUGGCUAUAAUUGGAUCCCCAGUGCUUUUAUCAACCUAGAAAAUGUGGGGGAAAAACAGUAACUUCGUUUUGGUAAAUCAUUCUCUGGAAGCAUGUGAAAAAAUAGGUAAUUGAAUUGGCUCCCCUUGUGAUGUCAGAAGAGGAUAAUACUGCCCCUUAAUCUGCUCUAUCCAACCACGGCUCUGCCUUUUAGUGCAGUGAUCAGCUCAUUUUUGCUCACACCUACAAAGUGGCAAUUUUAACAUGCUAUAAUAAAUUAUUUAUAUGACAGUUUGAGCUAAAACUUCGCAUAUGUACUCUGGGGACACCAAAGAUUUAUUUGACAUCUUAAAAAAUUAUUGUGGAAUGUCCCGUUUAAGUAAUGAUCAUGUAUCAUGAAGAUGAUUUGUAAAUUUCCUACUAUAAAUAUAUAAAAAUGUAUUUAUCAUUAGUAAUAUGUGUUGCUAAGGACUUCAUUUGGACAUAAUUUUAAAGGGGACAUAUCAUGAAAAUCGGACUUUUUCCAUGUUUAAGUGCUAUAAUUGGGUCCCCAGUGCUUCUAUCAACCUAGAAAAUGUGAAAAAGAUCAAUCCAGUAACUUAGUUUUGGUAAACCAUUCUCUGCAAGCAUGUGAAAAAUAGGUCAUUGAAAUUUGGCUCCCCUUGUGAUGUCAAAGGGGGAUCUUAUUAUAAUAAUUGCACCCCUUAAUCUGCACUAUCCAACCACGCACAGCACCGCCAUUUAAUGCAGAGAGAGAAAGAAAAUAAUUGACAGCACAAGUGAGUUUUCAUUUCAACAAACCACCAUUAUGGCGAUCAGUGUUUGCAUUUGCUCACACCCACAAAGUAGUAAUUUUAACAUUAUAUAAUAAAUUAUCUAUAUGGUAUUUUGAGCUAAAACUUCACAUAUGUACUCUGGGAACUAAGAUUUAUUUAAAAAGUCUUGUGAAAUGUCCCCUUUAAACCCGAUUUUCUAAAUAUUUGGAUUUUUGCACUCUCAUAUUCCAGAUUUUCAAAUACACUAACAUUUGAAGUGGAUCAAAACCUUUAAGUUGUCUUAAAUACCCAAUAUUCUUGUCUAAGGACAACUCUGAUUUACUUUUUGGAUUCAAUUCAAAUGUUGAGUAUAGUUGUAUCUCGGCUAAAUAUUGUCCUAUCCUAACAAACCAUACGUCAAUGAAAAGCUUAUUUGUUCAGCUACACUCUCAGAAAUAAAGGUACAAAAGUUGUCACUGGGACAGUACCCUUUUAAAAAGGUACACAUUUGUACCCAAAGAGUGCAUAUUAGUACUUUGAACUGCCAAAAUGUACCUUUAAAGGAACAUAUUUGUACCUAAAUGGUACAUAUUAGGACCUUUUUUAAAGGGUACUGCCCCAGUGACAGCUUCGUACCUUUAUUUUUGACAGUGUAUGAUGAUGUAUAUAUUUAAAAAAUUGACCCUUAUGACUUUUGUGUUCCAGGUCCACAUAUAUGAAAUGUACAAUUGUUUUUCUUGCAAACAUAUUGUUUUGCUUCAGAAGACAUAUGUUAACCCAGUCAUUUGGAUUAUUUUAAUAAUGUAUCUAUGUGCCUUUUGGAGUUUUUACAUGUUUGGAUGAACCAUUUCCUUAUUAUUGGUAUCAUAAAGAUUAAAAACAGCAUGAGGGUAAAUGAUGACAGAAUUUCCAGGGUUGUGUGAAUUUUUUCUUUUAAGGAGCCAUUUCUUGCCUCUUAAAUACAGAUGACGGUGUAACAUAAUAGAUUCAGGUUCAUUUAAUCAUAUUCUAUGAUUUUUUUGUUUUUAAUUGAAUGAAACCAGUUAAUUUACAUCAUUAGCACAUAAAGCACACUUGUGACCCUGUCUGUGAAAUCCGGGAUAAUGAGUUUAGGAACAUCAAAAUUUGAUUUGAAAUUGAUUUCAAUUUUUGACAUGACUUUACUCAGUCAAUAUUAAAGAUAUCAAGGUUAUAUUUUAAUGUUCUUUACUUUUAUGUAGAAAACAGUAAAUUACUAAAUUUUAUCUGGUUUGGUCACAUUAAUAAAGGUUGCCUGGAA